GAAAUCGGUAAGUCAUGGCACUGAGAGGAGUUUCACUCUGUACUUCACUGCAGAUUGAGAAAAAAGCGGCCUCUAUGAGCUGAACUGAGUGGUUAGGAGGAGAUAACGUCGCUGUGGGCGGAUCUCAAACAGCCAGUGAGGUUAUCUCCGGUUAGCCAUACAGGCUAGCAUGACGGACCGUAUCGUUCCUGCCGGGGUCUGGAUUCUUCUCAGCCACCAGCCAUGAUUUUAUGGAGCCUAACCUACAAGGCCUGAGCUGAUUUGUCAGCCUUGUGUAGGUUUAGAUUUUGCCCCUCAAGUGUCCUCUGGACAUCAGCUGAUUAUGUUGAUCUGAGGAGAGGAGACACAGGGAGAACAUCUUGCACGUUGUGUGUUGAUUCUAGCACAGGACGGCUCAACGAACAGAGGAACAGAGAGGCUCAGGAGCAAGGAGAAAAGAAAUUUAAAUUCACAAUGUCUCAAAACAGAGAACUGGUGGUUUUCUACAUAAACUAUAAACUCUCCCAGAGAAACGAUCCUUUCUACCACAUUGGACUUUUAGAGUCUUCAAGCAGGACUGAGGGUGGGGAGGCUGGUUUUGCUGAGGAACAGCCAGUAGCAACACACUCCAAUGGGACCUCUAAUGGCACAAGUCCUGGGACCCCCCCAGCUUCCUCCCGGCAGCAACAUUUGCAGUCAGCGACGAGCCUGGACGCUGUAAAAGAGGCCCUCCGGGAGUCAGCCAACGAGUUUGAGCUGUUAUAUGCUCGCGCCUUCAGCGACCUCCACAACCAGCUCCACAUCACACCGGCCACGGCUUACCAAAGCUUCGAGAAUGUAAUGGAUGAAGUGUUCCGGGAUGGCGUCAACUGGGGCCGCAUAAUAGGGCUGUUUGCAUUCGGUGGAGCGCUGUGUGUCGAGUGUGUAGAGAGAGAAAUGAGUUCAUUGGUGGCCAAGAUCGUAGAGUGGAUGACUGUCUACCUGGACAACCACAUUCAGCCCUGGAUCCAGAGCCAAGGCGGAUGGGAGCGAUUCGCUGAACUGUUUGGACAGGAUGCGGCCGCAGAGAGCAGGAGGUCUCAGGAGCGUUUCAAGAAGUGGCUGCUGGCAGGGAUGACCUUGGUGACCGGGGUCGUGGUGGGGUCGCUUAUCGCCCAUAAACGCCUGUGAGGGACGACUGUACUCUCCUAUCGCUCCACACACUAUGAAAGUUGACAUGAAGGUCCUGUUCGUCUCGCCGGCUCUUUAAAAAAAAAAAAAAAAAAAAAUUCUUUUUAUUAAAGAACUGCUAACCAUGCCAACUGCACCUCCUCCCCCCACCCCCGGAGAACUGCAAAUCUUUGUGUGUUAUGGAACUUUUAAGAAAAUGAGUGUUGUUGAUCUUCACAUCUGAUGUUCACCCUAUUCAAACUCCACCCCGUGGUUACAGAAAGACAGAUACAUUUUUGGGGUUUUUCUUUUUGUUUUUUUGGGGGGGGGGGGUACAUUAUUGAACUUGUUUAGAUUCCCACGGGCUCCUGAAUCCUCGCCUUGCUUAUGUACGAUUUUUAGCAGGUUUUUUUUCCCCGUUUUCUCCCUAAAAAGUGACAACUUGAACCUGUCCAGUAGGAAGCAUCUGUGUUGUCUGUCUGUGCUGCUCUACGUGUCUCGUGUUGAAGCUUGUUUUGUUGCGGGCCAUUCCCUUCCACAAACACCUCCAUGAUAGUGUUGUACAGCGUGUGCCAUGUGGACAGCCAAAGCAUGUUCUGGAUGUAGCACCUGCCCAUCGUGAUUUGAUUUAUUUUGUUUUGUUUUUCCCCUCCACAUUUCCUGCCAGCUGUCUGGAUCUUCAUGUCAUGUUCAUGGUCAGAUCCCAACACAUGACUGUGUGCUGAGAGGUUCUGCCUUAUCACACUCUCCUUCACGCUUACUAAUACUGAAUGAAUGACAAAGUAAGAGGAAGAUUUUAGUUAAUAAAAUGUUGGAGUCUUACUUUUUAAGAAAAAAAAUAUAGGGAACUGGGUCAGGUCACUUUGUUUUUGAGUUCUCUAACCCCACUGCCCUCACUCAUUUACGGCUGGCCUCAGAAUUCCCUCUUUGUGUUUAGCAAGUUCACUGCCAGACUGCCAUUUGUGAUGACUAACACAUAUUCACUGCACAGUAGCCGCAGUUAUUGUAGCAACACAUAGAUGAGUGGAAGCCAGAAUAAGGGCACACCGCAGCCGCUGCACUCAGAGGGACCGCUCUUUUUUAAAAUCAUCCGUCGUUAAUAUUCAGGACGAUGUGGAAUGGGAGGGGCGUUUGGUUGUGUUAUUGUAUCCGUUCUGAACAUGCCCCUUUUCUUUUCACCUUUGCACAAAGAAAAAAGUUUGACACAAAACACAACUGUUGCAGCACUGACGAAGCUCGAGACCAACCACAGACUGCUUAUCAUUUGUUUUUGUUUUCACCUUUCAGAAUCUGUCAUUUCCAUAAUUAGUUUCUAUGUAUUUUCAUAAUUAAAUUUCUGUUGGAGUUCAUGUUUUGAGGCCUUUUAUAGUUUCAGAAACACUGCAGAUCAAACCAGCAUUGGAAUUGACAAACACACAACACUGGUUUUACCUUCAAGGAACAACAAAACAGCAUGAAAAUGUCUCCAGUCAUUAGAUUUGUGACUUGAAUUUGAAGUUAUUUUGGCUGAUAUUUUCACAAAGUCCUUGUAUACUAAGAAUUUCAAAGGCCAGUAUUUAUCAGUUUUGUUAAAGUAAAAAAAUGCAAUAAGUCUGUAGUUUUAACUCUUCAGUCAAACGUGAUGUUUCUUAGUUGUGCUUCAUGUCGUCGUCGUCAUCAGCAGAACAAAGAGCUGUUUUUGUGCAGUGAGCUGAGGGGGAACGAGUGAAGCAUUAGGAGGAAGUUUGGUUCAGCAUCAGAUGUUCGAUUUGAGAUGCCUCACACAUUGUCUGUUAACCAGCUUAAACAAAUCAGCAGCUGCCUCUGGUUAUACAACCGGAACAUUCCGUAUCCAACCCUUCGUGUCUCGUCUCUCACACACUCGAUCCACGUUAUUCAUGCAUCGCUGUCGCAGUCUGCAACCCGGUUUCUCCUCUGCAUCCCCGCGAUACCUCACACCUGUCAACUCUCCGUCCAUCUAUCCUCUUUCCCCCCCUCACCUUCCAGCUCCGCCCCUUCCUCUGAGGCCUCCUGGCUGUCACUGCGACUCGUCACGAGUGUCAGUCGCAGCUGGCCCACCUCCUACUACACACAAAAGCAGCAUAGCACACUUACAUACACAGAUGUAGCCUGCAGGGUGGGGGUGGGGAGCUCAUCUAUAUUUCUAAACAUUCCAUCUCUAAUUUAAAGCUGGCGUUCAGCGCCACAGCCACCAACUGACAGUGCCAUGGUGAUGUACUCCUCAGUACGAGUGUUCGAGCGCUUCAGUCAUCAGUGUCUUUACACACACGCAAUCAUGGUUAGAAGUUUACUUACACUCUUGGACAUGAAUGUGAUAUUGGGAUUUCAUUGAUUUCUGUCUGUUCCUUUUUGUGACAUAAUUCAAUUAAAAAUUUGCAGUAGAAGUCAAUUGUGCGCAAGUUCUGAUUUAAUUUAGAUUCUAUGAAAUAAACAUAGGAUGAAAAUUAAUUCUCCCAGGUUCAAAAAAUGAUUGGCGUUGAAAAUUGCAAAAUGUGCUUACCUACUGUGGCCUCUUCCUGUUGGUGAUCCUGAUUGACCACAGCCGCUAGCUUCACUGUGCCAACUCAAAAAAAGUCAAUAAAAGGUUUGUGUCAACAUUUUAUGGCUAGAGCAACACACAGGACAAAGGAAAUGUCCCGUGAGUCCACAGGGCAUCUAAGAAGGAUCAUAGAGGUACACGUCAGUACUGGCUCUAGUAUCUAUAUCUGAAUAACUGCAGAUUCCAACAUCAUUGGUUUACACAACUGUGUAAGUACAGCCAGUUUGACAGGGUCAGGAAAAAGACCCCAAUGGUCACCCUCAGAUUCUCAGGAGUGCCCCAGGAACUGCCAUUGAACAUCCUACUGUGAACUGGAAGCAUCCAUCCCAACGACACCUAUAAUCGUGAAGCGUAGCGGUGUCAGCAGUGGUGCACUUUGCCACUGGUUGGAGGGCAAGCUCAGAAUUCUUCAGCAAAUCCUCAAACCAUUCAGCUUGAAUAGUCUGUGUACGGUAUAGGUUUGACCCUGUGACGUAUGUUGUCCAAACAGCUGUCCCCAGAAAAAAAACGUUCACGCCGACUGUACGUAAACGUCUGACCAAAAGUGUGCGGCUGCAACGCGCGCUAGCUUCAGUCUAUUAAAGCACAAAGCAUAUUUGGCACAGGACACUACCCCCCCCCCCCCCCCCCCCCCCCAAUAAGGUGCAUACUGACAUAUUCAAGGAAACAAUGUAAACAUUAAUUUUCAGUCUUCAUCCAUCACGACACUCAGCCUGAGGGGCUAGCUCAAACCACGACCCUGUUCACGGUUUCGUGGUGUUAACUCAUGGAAAACAAAAAUACUUUCAGAAACCCUUCCCUUCGAUGUCGCCAUUCUUCUCUUCCAUCAAGUGAUUAUUCUGGCUGUGGUCUGCUCUCAUACAUCCCAGGACAGUAUAUAUAUUUUUCUAGAGUACUUUGCCACCAAAAAGCUGCUUGCAGGCUCGUCCCUGCUGUCCGGGCCCUCACACGAACAUCAUCACUUCCUACACAUAUGUGGAUGCAUGCGUGUGAAAUACUGUACGGCAAAAUAUUUUUUGAAGGAGUCAAGUUGUGAAAGCAUUGACUACACACACGCACGCUAGUUAUUUAAAUGGCUUAGACUAGUAUACUAGCUUAGCAACAUAUUUAAUAAAUAGAACUGGCUUUUAAACAUUAUUUAUAUUUGGUGUAAAAAGCAUAAUUGUGUCCCUUCAAAUGGCCUUAAAUCUCCCAUCGGUGCAUUGCUAGUUAGGGUUGUUUUUUUUCUUAGUACAAUAAUUGCAACUAGACAAGAAAAUACAAAGCAAGAGGGUAUUUUCAAAGAAGGUUCUUGUCUGCAAAUGUCCAGUGGUCUGUAUAUCUUAGAAUGCCGUUGUAAAAACAUUGAACUGAAUAAACCACAAUGGAAGAUGU